GAUUGUAAUUCAUUGUAACUUUUGUCGCGCAAACGGUCGUAGUGUACGCAAACGAUGUCCACAAACGAGAAAAUUGAAGAACCCGUGCUGAAAACAAAGGGCAAGGAUAAGGAUGAGGAAAAAACGGAACUGUCCGACGAAGAUAAGCAGCUUCAGGAUGAGCUGAACAUGCUCGUCGAGCGGCUGCAGGAAGCCGAUGCGGAGCUGUACCGCCCGUCGCUUGAGUCAAUGGCGAACUUGAUACGCGCUUCUACUACCUCCAUGACUUCCGUGCCGAAGCCGCUAAAAUUCAUGCGGCAGCAUUACGAGACGAUGAAAGAAAUCCACAAAAAGAUGACGGCAAAGCUGAAGGACGUCGACACGUUGAAGCUGUGCGCCGAAAUCAUCUCCGUACUGGCAAUGACGAUGGGCACCGGCAAGGAGUGUCUCGUGUACCGACUGUUGAGUGACAACAGCACGGAAAACAUUGGCGAGUGGGGCCACGAGUACGUCCGGCAUCUGUCGGGAGAAAUCGCGUCCAACUGGCCGGAGUCAACCGACAACCUGUUCAAGAACCGCCUCAUUGAGCUGAUCCACCAGAUCAUACCGUACAAUAUGGCGCACAAUGCCGAGGCCGAAGCGUGCGAUUUGCUGAUGGAAAUCGAACGGCUCGACCUGCUCGAAAAUUACGUGGACGAGAGCGCUUAUCCGCGGGUCUGUCUCUACCUGCAAAGCUGUGUCCCGUACGUGGCGGAACCGGAGAACGUCAGUUUGCUGAAGUGCGCUCUGAAUCUGUCGCGCAAGUUCAAGCAGCACACGCAAGCGAUGCGGUUGGCCAUGAUGAUCAACGACACCGAACUGAUCAAGGAGAUCUUCAUGUCCUGUGGGGACGUUGCGAUGCAGAAGCAGCUGGCGUUCAUGCUUGGUCGGCAGCAGAUUUUCCUAGAGCUGCCCGAGGGCAGCAACGAUUACGACGACCUGGUAGAGAUUAUGUCCAACUCGCACCUAAAUCAUCACUUCCUGAAUCUAGCCCGUGAGCUGGAUAUCAUGGAGCCGAAAACUCCGGAAGAUGUGUACAAGUCGCAUCUGGACAACUCGCGGGCUCCGUUCGGUUCGCAGAUCGAUUCGGCGCGCCAGAACCUUGCUGCGAGCUUCGUGAAUGGAUUCGUGAACGCUGGCUUCGGGCAGGAUAAGCUGCUGAUGGAGGACGGAAAUAAGUGGCUGUACAAAAACAAGGAGCACGGAAUGCUCAGUGCUACCGCUUCGCUUGGGUUGAUUCUUCUGUGGGAUGUGGACGGUGGUCUUACGCCAAUCGAUAAGUAUCUGUAUUCCAACGAGGACUACAUCAAAUCGGGCGCACUGCUUGCGUGCGGCAUCGUGAACUGUGGCGUACGGAACGAAGUCGAUCCAGCACUGGCUCUGCUGUCCGACUACGUGUUGCACCAGAACAGCACGAUGCGAAUCGGAGCUAUCCUCGGGCUGGGUUUGGCGUAUGCCGGCUCAAACCGACUGGUGGUGCUGGAACUGAUUGGUUCGGUGUUUAGCCCGGAACGGCGCACGGGUUCAACGAUGGAGGUUAUGGGCAUUGCGGCCCUUGCGCUCGGAAUGAUCGCCGUUGGAUCGUGCAACAGUGAAGUGACGCAAGUGUUGCUGCAGGUCAUCAUGGAUCGAAGUGAGGCGGAUCUGAAGGACACUUACGCUCGCUUUCUUCCCCUUGGUCUCGGACUGGUGUACCUCGGUCGGCAGGAGGCCGGUGAGGCGAUUACGGCCGCCCUGGAGGUUGUAGCGGAACCUUUCCGUUCGAUGGCCACCACGAUGGUGGAAAUCUGUGCGUAUGCCGGCACUGGCAACGUGCUGAAGAUCCAGCAGCUGCUGCACCUUUGCUCGGAGCACUACGAACCGGCUUCCACGUCCGGGGAAGAACCCGCCUCGAAGAAAGACCCGAAAGAAUCAUCAGCAAAAGAGAAGGAGGACAAGGAGAAGGAUCUAUCCGGAUGUCAGGCAGUGGCCGUGCUUGGUAUUGCGCUGAUUGCGAUGGGUGAAGAAAUCGGAGCCGAGAUGGCGUUCCGAUCGUUUGGUAAUCUGCUGCGCUACUGCGAACCCUGCAUUCGCCGUGCCGUUCCCCUGGCGCUGGGAUUGAUUUCCGUGUCGAACCCGAAACUCAAUAUCCUAGAUACGUUGAGCAAAUUCUCGCACGACAGUGAUGCCGAGGUGGCACAUAAUGCCAUCUUCGCUAUGGGGCUGGUCGGAGCCGGAACGAACAAUGCUCGCCUCGCGUCGAUGCUCCGUCAGCUGGCCCAAUACCACGCAAAGGAUCCCAACAAUCUGUUUAUGGUGCGCAUCGCACAAGGACUGACCCAUCUCGGUAAGGGCACGUUCACGAUCAGCCCCUACCACAGCGAUCGCCAGCUGAUGAGCCCGGUAGCAGUGGCCGGCCUGAUGGCAGCUCUCGUUUCUUUCCUGGACGUUAAAAACAUUAUUCUCGGAAAGUCGCACUAUUUGUUGUACACGCUAACGACUGCAAUGCAACCGCGCAUGCUGAUUACCUUCACCGAAGAUCUAAAUUCAUGCCCCGUACCCGUCCGUGUCGGAAUGGCCGUCGACGUAGUGGGACAAGCGGGUAAACCGAAAACCAUCACCGGAUUCCAGACGCACACCACACCCGUGCUGUUGGCGAUGGGCGAACGGGCCGAAUUGGCUACCGAGGAGUACAUUUCACUCACCCCUAUCAUGGAAGGAUUCUGCAUUUUGCGAAAAAAUCCCAACUACGUUCCGUAAGCCCCCUUGGCCCGGUAUUAGACACCUGUUUCGUUCCGCUUUGGGCACCCGAAAACACGCUCGCGUGGGAAAUAACAUACAAACCUACGAUUACGAAGUUGUGAGUUUAUUGCUUGCUGGACUGGCGCACGCUAUGUCAUCUACUUACACUUAAGAAACGUAAAUAAAUAAUAAUUUUGCGAA